AUGUACGAGUGGUCCCGUCUUCUCGAACGCGAGAACGUUCCAACUUUGAGCAGCUCUUACGACAACAUCUACACGCUGACAGAGUAUUACAACACCCUUCGUCCGUUGGUCAUCGUUUUCAUACCAUCGCUCAAGUCGGUGUAUCAACUCUCGAACAGUACGCAAUCUUUGAAAAUGUCCUCGUUCGCGUGGUUCGUUAUAUUCGUGCAAACGCCGAUGCACGGGAAACAGGAUUAUUGCUUCGAUCCACGUGGAAAUCUUUUACAUCUGAUGUUCGACACGGAAAUGUUGGUGAUGUGCUACGACGAUCCUAUUCUCCGCGAAUGGUACUCGAUAGACGGGAAGAACACGGAGAUGUUCGACUUGAUCAAAUGGCACCCCGAUAGAGAAUCGUCGGAAGUAAUCCAAGUAUUGACGGAUCUGAGUUUGUACGAGAGAAGAAACGAUCUGAGGGGCAAAGUUUUACGAGCUGUCAUUGUCAAGAACUCGAUUCUCAUCAUGGUGAAGAAUAACAAAUUGGAAGGAUAUUUGAGCAGAACGAUCAUCGAACUGGAGAAUGCUCUCAACUUCACCGUCCAAGUCGUCGCUCAAGCACUCGAGCACGGAAGCUUCAACAGGACAACGAAACGUUGGUCCGGAGCGGUAAAUUUAGUGGCUUCGGGUGAAUUAGACAUGGGGAUAUCUGAUUUUUCCAUGACCAAUGUCAGGCUAGAUUACGUCGAUUAUACAGUACCUAUUCUAACAAUCAGAAGCUGUUUAUACUUGAAACAACCGCAAGUCUUCUCUGUGAAAUGGUUCGCGUACUUCAAGACUUUCAACUUUGCACUCUGGAUGUCUGUGAUUAUCACGAUAAUAAUUGCUCAGAUUGUUCUGGCGUUCAUCAGAUCUCGUAUAGAAUCUUCGAGUAUAGAGCAAAAUAUCUCCGACGAGUCUCUGCGAAUUUGGGGUAUUUUCUGUCAGCAAGGUGUCGCAGGUAAAAAUUUACUUCAAGAAUUUCCACGGAAUUCGUCGCUCAGACUGGCAUACUUCACCAUGCUCUUUACCGCUAUGGUGAUAUCAGCUGCUUACUCUGCCUCCUUGAUAAGCUUCGUGACAGCUCAUGUCCGAGAUCAACCCUUUCACACUGUCGACGAGUUCCUCAACGACGGCACCUAUGGUAUAAUCGUCACGAGAGGUACCUCGGAUUACGACAUGCUCGUAUACUCCAAAGACACGUUGUCUGUGAAGAUGAGAAAGAUGCUAAGGCCGAAGCAUACAAUGCCGCGCGAUUUGAAAAGCGGAUUUCAAAGUAUCUGCGACGACUCAAAAUUGGCGUUCUACACGGGCUACAUACCAGACCUGAAGAAAAGAUCGACAGGCUUCAGCGUUCCGUGCAGAAUCAGCCGCGUCGAUUUCGACCGAAUGGAUAGCUUGUCCUUUAUCCUGCCGAAAAAGAAUCAGUACACCUCCGUUUUGAAUUACUAUUUGCAGAAGUUGCUGAGCACCGGCGUACUGAACCGGUUCAAGAACGAGGAAAAUUUUGAGGAGGAAACCAGAUUCCAGGCGGUUUGUUUCAGUAGCAUCUUGUCUGUGCUAAUAAUCUUCGUUUGCGGGUCCGCGCUGUCACUUGUAAUACUGAUACUAGAGAUAUACUCCGACAGGUGUAAAGAUUUCGACGAUCUCGAUUGA